ACCGCAGCUUCUUCUGACAUAUACACACGCACACUCACCCCCGACACACACUCAGCACACUUUUCCUCCAUCUGACUAACAGUCCUGCACACACCAUGAUUACGGGAAAGCGUAAAUAAAUACGGAAAGGGUUGAUUAUUUUGACUACUGGAAGAGCCUUGCUGGGUCUCAGCGCAACUUUUGUUUUUAUGACUGAGAAGGUGAUCUCUCCAUGUGUUUCUCUCACACAAGGAUUCUUUAAAAGAGGAAGAGAGACAGAGAGGGGGGAGAACAACCUUUCACUUUAAGACCGGCUGGGCUCAAAGAUAAAAGGAAGGGGAAAGCGGCGCUAGGAAUCCACCGCUGCAGCACUUCGGAAAGACGUUUCUGAUACAUUUCUGAGCGCGGCGGCCCGUUUCUCCACCGAAGUUGGCUCCAGCUCUAGCAGCCGCAUUGGAUCCCACAGCUUAUUGCGAGACUCCGGUGUACAAUCCGGAUCUCUGCCCCAACAUGAUCGCGGCCCAGGCCAAGCUGGUCUACCAUCUGAAUAAAUACUACAACGAAAAAUGCCAAGCCAGGAAAGCUGCCAUUGCCAAAACUAUCCGGGAAGUCUGCAAAGUAGUUUCCGACGUCCUGAAGGAGGUGGAAGUGCAGGAGCCCCGGUUCAUCAGCUCUCUCAACGAGAUGGACAAUCGCUACGAGGGCCUCGAGGUCAUCUCCCCCACCGAAUUUGAAGUGGUGCUUUACCUUAACCAAAUGGGGGUGUUCAACUUUGUGGACGACGGCUCGCUGCCCGGCUGCGCGGUGUUGAAGUUGAGCGACGGGCGCAAGAGAAGCAUGUCCCUCUGGGUGGAAUUCAUUACCGCCUCCGGCUACCUCUCGGCGCGCAAAAUCCGGUCCAGGUUUCAGACGCUGGUGGCUCAAGCGGUAGACAAAUGUAGCUACAGGGAUGUGGUAAAGAUGGUGGCAGACACCAGCGAAGUGAAACUGAGAAUCCGAGAUAGGUACGUGGUGCAGAUCACCCCGGCUUUUAAAUGCACCGGGAUCUGGCCCCGGAGUGCUGCCCACUGGCCACUUCCCCACAUCCCCUGGCCGGGACCCAACCGGGUGGCGGAGGUCAAGGCGGAAGGGUUCAAUCUCCUGUCCAAGGAGUGCCACUCCCUGGCCGGCAAGCAGAGCUCGGCCGAGAGCGACGCCUGGGUGCUGCAGUUCGCGGAGGCAGAGAACAGACUGCAGAUGGGGGGCUGCAGGAAGAAAUGCCUCUCCAUCCUCAAAACCUUACGGGACCGUCACCUUGAACUGCCAGGCCAGCCCCUGAACAAUUACCACAUGAAGACUCUGGUUUCCUAUGAGUGUGAAAAGCAUCCCCGGGAGUCGGACUGGGACGAGUCUUGCCUGGGUGACCGGCUUAACGGGAUUUUGCUGCAACUUAUCUCCUGCCUGCAGUGCCGGCGGUGUCCUCACUACUUCCUACCGAACUUAGAUCUGUUUCAAGGCAAACCUCACUCGGCUCUCGAGAACGCUGCCAAACAAACGUGGCGACUGGCAAGAGAGAUCCUGACCAACCCGAAAAGUUUGGAAAAACUUUAGAGGAUAAUUGAAUCGAGAGCCGAAAUGUGAUUAUACUAUUCUUAAAGUUCUCAUUAAGUGUAAACUUCCUGUUCGAUUCCUAUCUAAUAUUCCACUGGACAGUGCAA